CCCCUAAGAAACCCUAGCGGAGAAAGAGCAGAGACGCGGGAAGUAAGAUGCCGGCGGGACACGGGCUGAGGUCGAGGACGAGGGAUCUCUUCUCCCGGCCCUUCCGGAAGAAGGGCUACAUCCCCUUGACGACCUACUUGCGCACUUUCAAGAUCGGCGACUACGUCGAUGUCAAGGUGAACGGCGCCGUCCACAAGGGCAUGCCCCACAAGUUCUACCAUGGCCGCACCGGCGAGGUCUGGAACGUCACCAAACGCGCCAUCGGCGUCGAGAUCAACAAGCAGGUUGGCAAUCGUAUCAUCAAGAAAAGGAUCCAUGUCCGUGUGGAGCACGUGCAACCUUCCAGGUGCCAGGAAGAUUUUCGUAUGAGGGUGAAUAAGAACGACCAAUUGAAGGCUGAGGCGAAGGCAUGUGGUGAGGUAAUCAGCACUAAACGACGACCAGAGGGCCCUAAGCCUGGUUUUAUGGUGGAAGGUGCUACACUUGAGACCGUCACUCCUAUUCCUUAUGAUGUGGUCAAUGAUCUCAAGGGCGGCUACUAGCUUCUUUGGUUAGUUGUUCUUCGGCAUAUUUUGUCAAGACACGGCCCGUGGUUGCUAGUUCCGACAUUUUGCAGUUGAAUUCAUGAUUUAGUGUGUUCUGUUUCGUUCUUUCUACACCUUGUAUCAUUCAUGUGUCUUCAUAACAAGAUGAUGACAGCGACCUCUUCUAUAUAUAUCACACUGAUGAUGGUAAUGCUCUCAUUCUAAAGAAUGAAGAAACUGAAACCACCUUAGCAUUA